CAAAAAACCCGACCAUAUAAAUUUGAGGUUUAGUAAAUAACCCCCUGAAUCUCAUCUGCCACUUAACCUCCCAGAUUGCCAGUUUGUCAAGAUCCUGCAUGGAAUUAAUUGGGCUGCCUACACCAAACUCCAAUAUAUUACUUACAUUGCCAUCUUCUAAGUCCAUUAAGGACACAUUUAUAUCACUGUUCUUUUUUUUUUUUAAUUUCAGCCAGACUAGCGCCUGGGGACACAUAGCACUGUUAUGAGCGGUAAGCUCGGCAGUGCCCGACCAUGGGAAAGGCCUCAUAGCAAGCAGCUCUAUUUCAAUUGUUAUUUUUGGGUUUGCGUUGGACUUUGAGGGGCCUAACAGUAGCCGAGGUCAUUUGUAAUGAGUAAUUUGCUUGAUUCCAUCAGGAGAACAAUAAAUGUUUCCCAGCUAGGAGAUGUUACUGAAAUAGCAUUGUGUUCAUUGCACAUGUGCUCCCCCCACAUUAAUCACAUAGCAUUUGGUGCUACCCACAGCAUAUCCUAGAGGAUUAUAAAAGGAAUAUACUCAGCUGGGAUCAAAUAUUCUUGGUUCCAGUGCUUUGGCGAGGCUGCUGAGUCUUAUCUGCUAUCCCCGGUGAUUGACAGCUUGUGCAGGGGGAAGCCUAGGUAUAGAUAUAUAUAAAGCAGGGACUUCGACCAUCCCCAGUACAGCGUCCCCCUCACUCCUCAAGCUCCAGCCUCGCCAUGGAGAACAAACGCGUGUUUUUCGAUAUAUCUGCAAAUGAUAUUCCUCUUGGUCGGAUAGUGAUGGAGCUCCGGUUUGAUGUGGUGCCCAAGACUGCAGAGAACUUCCUUAAGCUUUGCACAGGGGAGUGUGGCUAUGGCUACAAAGGCUGCACUUUCCACCGCAUCAUCCCCAGCUUCAUGUGCCAGGGAGGUGACUUCACAAAUCACAAUGGUACUGGGGGCAAGUCCAUCUAUGAUGGCAAAUUUGAGGAUGAAAACUUUAUUCUGAAACACAAUACCCCUGGUGUUCUCUCUAUGGCCAAUGCCGGGCCAAACUGCAAUGGCUCCCAGUUCUUCAUCUCAACCAUCAAAGCUGAAUGGCUGAAUGGAAAGCACGUGGUGUUUGGUCAUGUAGUUGAGGGGAUGGAAGUUGUCAAGAAGAUGGAAAGUUAUGGAUCAAACAGUGGGAAAACCAGCAAGAAGAUACUUAUCUCUGACUGUGGGAUCCUUCAAGAUUCACCCUCUGUAUGACCCUGUUUAAAGACACAACCCAUGCUGGUUUGGACUUUUGACAGAUACUACGACGUGCAACUACACAUGUGUGACAGUAACGCUUGACCAGAUUCCUGAAGCUGGGUGCCCUCCUGUACUACUUCUAUCCACCAAUAGUAAUAUCCUUCUCCUCUGUCCCACCCAUUGCUUGACAUAUUGGGGCAAAUUCACUAAGAUUCGUAGUCCGCUUCGCUGCACUUUGCCAGGCGUAUUUUCGCCAGCGCUACGCAAAUUCACUAAAAUCCGAA